UCUAGGAACCCCCUCCAAAUCGCCCUCUAAAUGUAUGAGCUAAUUGUAUAUGUUCCUUCAAGAGCCAACUUCAAAGUUGGAUAUAUUUUCAUUAUCACUAGGAUUCGUAGGAAUCGUACUCAUAAAUAAUCCUUUUGCCGAGCAAGGCCAAGGGAGUAAUGAGCUAGCAGGCAUAUUGAUUUCAUCAAUAGGCGGCCUAUGCUCUAGCAUUGGAUGGAUAGUGAUAAGAAAAAUGGGAGGGAAACUCCAUUUUACAGUUGCUCCCUUUUACUUCAGCAUUGGUUGAACUGUAACAGGAGUCCUGUUUUUCCUCAUAGACGCACAAGGUACUACUUACAACGUGAGAUACAACUGGGCUGAUAUCCUUAUGAUCCUUGUCGUCAGCAUGUCCUCUUUCUUAGGCCAGCUGAUGCAAGCCUUGGCGUAUGAAUACGAGAAGGCAGCUAAAGUAGCUGUUUUCUAUUAUUUCCAAAUCUUUCUUGUUUUUAUGUAUGAUUUAUUCAUAUUCAAAACCUCAUUUGGGUACAUAGAAAUCUUAGGAGCAGCCCUUACUAUUUCUUGUAACUUCUGAGUAGCCUUACUCAAGUUCCUUGGGUAUAAAGAUUAAUCUAGGAGCC